UAUAAUACUAGAGAGACCUAAUAAGUCAUGAAAUAGAUAAAUAAACUACAAUCAUUCUUAAUACGAAUUCAAAGAAGUCAAUUCUAAAACAUCAUUUAAUCUAUAAAAAGUACAAUAAUUUCAUGCCAUUCAUCUUUGACUUCGGCACAUCUACUAAGUAAUAGAUAACUAAUAUAAUCUUGUCAACAAGAGGGAAGAGGUGCAGGAAAAAAAUUAUUAUUUGGUUUGAGUAGUCAUUUAAUUACAUUUGAACUCUAUAUUUUUUGAACUACCCUUCCUGACAUCGAGAGAUUACAAUAUGAUCCCUAUAUUAAUAUAUACUAUAUAGGUGACGUACUCGGUGCACCCUCUUUUUUUGGGUGCAUUCAAUGCACUCGUCUCAUAAUCGUCAUUCCGAGCAUGCGAUUCAUAUCAAAACGGUAUAAAUCGUCGCUUAUGAUAUUAUGAACAAGAAAUAUACUUGGUAAAGCGGGAAGUCUAAAACCAUACCCACCCAAUUUCCAUCAAAUUUUUACAAGUUUUACUUAUACCCGCCUCGUGCCUAAAUAAUACCAAAAUUUUCCGCAUUGGCUAGAUCGAAGAUGAUGGGAUAUCGUGGGUUUGAAUGUCAUCCCCAGUUAAACCGUGUUCGAUUUUGUUUAUCCGAAAUGUUAAUUAAAUUCGAUUAUUUUCUUUUCACUUCCUUUUUGGUUUGUGGGCUGGGUCGAAACUGGGAUUCAUGCUGGUAACACACUAGAUGGGCCCAAAAGAUUCCCGGCAAGUGAGGUAAUAAAAUCUCCAAGAUACAAGUUUGGGAUUCAUACUUGGACCCUACCGUUGGGCUGCUUAAGCCCUCAAGUUUUCGAGUGGGCCCACGAUAUGCUUUUCCUUUUAUUUCUCCCUUUCCUUGUAAAUUUUCCUCUCCCAUUCAAUGUCGGACUAGGCUAGGACUAUAAUACAGCUUUAAGUCAGACCGUCGGCCCCUUGUUGAGCCGAGGCGUAAAAUCGAAGCGACGAUUUAGCGCGGGGGAGCUCGGCCAGCUUUCGCAGCUGUUAGUGGUUCGGCGCUCUCCCUCUAAACAAGCUUGGGGGGCAAAUUCUCGUGCUCUGGGUUUAGAGUUUGAAGGCGAAAGGUCGCCACUUUCAGCAACUUUACCUAGUAAAGAGGCGCAGUUGGGAAGAAGAGUAGAGCUACGAUAAUGGCGAGCUCUGCUGUGCAACCGAGUCGAUCGAGGGACCUGGACAAGCUCCUUCUCAGGCCAGGGAAUCUCGUCGGCGAGAACUUCGAACCGGGUCCGCAAUUGAGGGAUGAUCUCCGGGAGUAUGUUCGAAUUUUAGUAGUGGGUGCGGGUGGAUUGGGCUGUGAGCUGCUCAAGGACUUGGCCCUUUCCGGUUUCAAGAAUCUGGAGGUUAUAGACAUGGAUAGAAUUGAGGUUACUAACUUGAAUCGCCAAUUCUUGUUCAGACUUGAAGAUGUUGGUAAGCCAAAGGCAGAGGUCGCAGCCAAGCGUGUCAUGGAAAGAGUUAGUGGGGUGAAUAUCGUGCCCCAUUUUUGUCGAAUUGAGGACAAAGAGAUUGAUUUUUAUAAUGAUUUCAGUAUUAUUGUGCUUGGUCUUGAUUCGAUAGAGGCUAGAAGCUACAUAAAUGCUGUGGCUUGUGGUUUUCUUGAGUAUGAUUCUGGUGAUAAUCCACGGGAAGAGACUAUGAAACCUAUUGUCGAUGGUGGCACUGAAGGUUUUAAGGGCCACGCUAGGGUUAUUUUGCCUGGGACCACCCCAUGCUUUGAGUGUACAAUCUGGCUUUUCCCCCCUCAAGUCAAGUUCCCCCUAUGCACACUUGCUGAGACCCCUAGAACAGCUGCUCACUGCAUUGAGUAUGCUCACCUAAUUAAGUGGGAUGAGGCACACAGUGGAGUGUCUUUUGACCCAGAUGAUCCUGAGCACAUGAAGUGGGUCUACGAUGAGGCCUUGAAGAGGGCAGAGCUUUUCGGCAUUCCAGGUGUUACAUAUUCUCUUACUCAGGGAGUUGUGAAAAAUAUCAUACCCGCCAUUGCUUCCACGAAUGCAAUUAUAUCAGCUGCGUGUGCACUCGAAACUUUGAAGAUUGCAUCAGGAUGCAGCAAAACACUGUCAAACUAUUUAUCAUACAAUGGUGUGGAAGGUCUGCACAUUAAGGUGACUGAAUUUGAGAAGGACAAGGACUGUCUUGUUUGUGGUCCAGGUAUUCUUAUCGAGCUCGACGCCUCAGUCACUCUUCAAAAGUUCAUUGAUCUGCUCGAGGAACAUUCAGUACUCCACUUAUCAAAAGCAAGUGUGACACACAGAGGCAAGAAUCUGUACAUGCAAGCACCACCAGUUCUGGAAGAGAUGACCAGAUCAAACCUGAGCUUGCCACUUUUCGAGCUCAUGGGUAAAGUUCCAAAGGACAUCUUGCAUGUUACUGGCACCGCGAUCAAGGACGAUAAAAAGACAUCAUGCCUUAGGAAAUUGCGCAUCGUUUUCAAGGGGGUUGAUGGAGUUACAGACAUGGACAUGGCUGGCGGGGCAUAAAGCUUCAGACUGCAAUAGCAGUAGAGGUUUGUGGCCAAACUUUUGAGGGUUAUUUUUCUUCUAGGUACUGAAGCUGUCUUACAGAGGGCAUCACGUGUAGCAGAGAAGAGAAUCCAUGAUGAAGAAGGCACCUUCUCGUCAUCAAUCAACCGAUAGAUUAUUUUUGAUUAUUCUCCAUGAGAGUGUUAUUAUGUAUAGGGGAGGAAGCUCGGGUCGCCCAACUUUAGCUUUUAUGUCAAUUUGAUGAACCUUUUUUCUCGUCAAAAAUUUGAAAUUUCACCAUCACAUGCUGUUGCACAUGGAAAAGAGCAGUCUUUUCAGCAGAAAAACAUCGUCUGGCAGAGCAGGGGGAUUACUUGACAUUCCAUGGAACUGAAACCAUCCCUUCUGAAAAUUGGGUGCAUGUUGUGGUGUGAAAGAGAUUACAUAAUGUGCUUGUUGCAAUGUUUGAUGGUAAAGUGAAGCCAACUUGUCCUGUGAUUCACUAUUUAAUUGUGUUACAGCUUAAACAUCAAUCACUAUCAAAUCCCACCACGUGUUCAUGUCCGAACUUUCAGCGAGACAAUCGCUUAUGUUUUCGUAGGAUCACUCGUAACACGGAGAUCAGAAUUGAUGAGAUCUUAAUCCAUAAUCGAUGUUUUCGAAACUUUCAAAAUUGGAGGAGAUGGUAAUCCAGAAUCAAUGUUUUGAAUCUUUCAAAACUGGAGGAAGGAAUCAGCAGAUGGGAGGUUCAGAAUUGUCAGGACAAAUAGUCUUACUUGACUGCAAACCACCAGACAAAUCAAGUGGAUGAUUAGGAAAAGAUCAGUGGGAGCUGGGAUGGCUUGCAGUUAAGGGAUCUUUUAAAGCUGACAACUGUAGUACUGUGCAAAAGUGCAAAUUGUUCUCUCCAUGAUAUAGGAAGCUCCCAAAAAAACACUUGAAAGCAACCUCAUAUGGGGAUGGGAUUAUGGAGAUCUCCUCCCCCUUUGUUCUGGGAAAGCUCUGGGUCCCUUUGAAGCCAGGCCAGCAGCAAAACGUGUGGACCAAAUGACACUCUAUAAUUCAAGCUCACUAGCAAAAUAAAUAGUAAAGCUCAUUUGCAGCUGUGAAAAAAGCUCCAAAAGAAAUAGUAAAGUUCAUAUUCAUAAAUAGGGUUCAGGAACGUAGCUCUAUGGAGUAAUGGCUGAAGGAAGUGGGCCUUCCUUAGGCAAUACACUGAAAGCAAUUUAGUAGCGUAUUAUCUAGUGACCAGGAUUCUGAACGUCCUUUACGAGUAGUUUAUAAUCGUAAAUUUUGUCGAUUCUUCUCUCAAGUCUCACUUAUUGAUUUCUAGAACUCGAUCAAUCCGUAACCCAAAAUUUCGCAUUUCCAGUAGCUAUCCUUAAAUAAAUAAAAUCUCUCAGAGUAAGCCUAUGGAUUUUCAUUUUGGAUAUGCAUCCAACUUCAGACACCCUCCUUUGUAUGCCUCAUUAUUGAACCUUGUCUGUCUUUGACAGUUGCAGAAGACACUUUUUCUUAAAAUCAGUUUAAUGCUCGGCCUGGUAGCUGCCAUAUGAGGCGGCACCGUCUCCUUAUCCACAUUUUUUAGUCUCCUCAAGAAGAUAUCCACAAUUUUGAGUCAAUUAUUGAGCCAUGGUAGCCAUCUUUUUUCCCCCCUGUUUCCUGGAACUCCUUUUAUUUUUUGUUUUUGUUUGCUAAGGAACAAGCCCAACCAAACACCCUAAUCAAAUAAAACAUUCCUAGUACAUCCUUUCUCAAAAGGUCAAUAUUCCAAUAUCAAAGUGUUAUCCCUAUUUCAAGAAGCUCUACACGAACAAACAAUUUAAACGUUG